AUCAACAAACAAACUACUCCCACACACCACAGUCCCGCUUAGCUAAAUCUUGCAGUAAACCAAUGGCGUCUUCAACUCUAACCGGUAAGGUCGAGGCCAAUGUAGAGAUCAAGGCUUCUCCUGAGCAGUUUCACGACAUGUUUGCCAACAAACUGCACCACGUUCAUCAUACUUGCAACGACAAGGUUCGACGAUGCGAUUUACAUGAAGGUGAAUGGGGAAAAGUCGGUACCGUUUUCAACUUCCAUUACGUUCACGACGGAAAGGAGAAAGUCGCAAAGGAGGUGGUUGAAGCAGUAGACCCUGAAAAGAACCUGGUGGUUUUCAGAGUGAUCGAUGGAGAUCUAAUGAAAGAGUACAAGAGCUUUUUACUGACGCUUCAAGCUUUUCCCAAGAGCGAUGGCAGCAUAGUACACUGGAAGAUGGAAUACGAGAAGUUGCACGAUGGGGUUGAUCAUCCCGAGACUCUACUCCAACUCGGCCUGGAUAUCUCCAAAGACAUCGACGCUCACCUCAUCCAAGCUAAGUGAAGGACCCACUGUUGCUACUAUGCUACUUUCCUUAUAUCUAUGUAUGGAGAAUAAAUUGACAGCUGCCUUUCUUAUGUAUAAUCUGAAUAUAUAUGUUUGGAUCGAGAUGCUGUCAGGAAGUGAAUUUGGUGUUUUCAUGUAUGUUGUUUUAUUAUGUCUUGAAUUGAAUGUAUCAUGCGCUUCAA